UGUUAUGUUAACAGUACUUAUAUAUAUAUAUAUUUUACGUGAUCCAAGAUAAAAAUGAAGUUUUUAACACGAAUAAAAUAUGGUGCAAAAACGAAGAAUCUAAAUUCAAACUGUAGAAUCCAAUGAAUGCGAGUAAAAUUAAUUUAUUUGUCUAAAAAAUUCAAAAUACGUUUAAUCAUUAAUGCUUUGCAAUUAUAAAUAAGAACUUAUACUCGUUAAUUAUAAUUUCUUUUUGAAUCUAGAAUCCUAAAUAUUGAAGAUUGACGAUUACCAUCCCUAUUAAAAGCAGCGCAAAUUCAUAGUGACUUCUAAACUAUAAAUUUUAGACUUAAAUAUUUACAAAUAUUUAUGUUUUUUACAUUAACGAUUAAAAUGUCAAUUAAUAUUCUGUAUUUUAUUUGUAUCUCAUUUGUCCAUGGGAGUUUGAGUUCACUUCUCAAAAAAGUUCCCGCAGAUUUCUUGAAAGCCGAGCUUAACGAACGUGAUUUCAAGAAUCAUGGGAUUAACAGGCUGUCGGAAAAGGCGCGCAGCAUAGAAUUUAUAACACUUGUAACAUUACGAGUGUUUUGUACAAACUUUUAAAGGAAGUGCAAUCAUUUAAAAGAUACCGAAAAAAGGAAUACGUUAAUAAUAUUUUAUACGUACCAUAAAAACUAAUGGCUAACAAUUUUUCGUUAUGUUUUAAUUCAUAAGUUCUUCUCUUAACUUAGGUUAUUUCUACUAGUUUGUACUGAAAAUAAUAUUUUCCACAAUCCAAUUAACAUGGAGACAGUUGUAAAGAAAUCUUGGGUAGAACUAACAGAUGAAGAUGAUGCAUUGCUUAACGAAGCUAUUUGCAUGAGUUCAAAUGAGCUUGGCAAAAUGUUAGAGUCCAAUAAAGAAAGCACAAUUGCUCAAAGUUCUUUAAAAACACAAUUGUUUGAAGAUACGGUUAACGUUACUAAUAGUCAAAAACACAAAAUUGACAGUUCGAAUGAAUACAUCAAUGAGAGGACAAAACGCCAAAAGAAUCUCUCAAAUCAUUUAACUAACAUAAAGUAUGAAAAUAAUGUAAAAAAUAAACCAGAAGACUUACAUUGUUUACGCAAAAGACCCAGAGAAAACCAUAUACACAAUGAAGAUACAAAAGUUUUUCGAAGUAGACGGUAUAGUGAUUCCAGUUCGACCACAAAUUCUUCUGAUAGUAGUAAAAAACGUGUAGAAUAUGAAACAGAUCCACAAGUAUUGACACGUAGACAAAAGGAAAUAGAUUAUGGGAAAAAUACUAUUGGAUAUGAUAGAUAUAUUCAGGCUGUGCCUAAAGAGAAACGUACGAGGGAACAUCCGAGGACACCUCCAAAGUAUAUUAAAUAUAGUAGAAGAGGAUGGGAUGGUAUGAUGAGACUAUGGAGGAAACAACUUCAUCAGUGGGAUCCUCCUCAAGAUAGUAAUACUGAUUGAAAGAAAAUUACAUUUAAACUUUAUUUUGUUACACGAACAUGUAAUUUUGUAUUGUUAAGUGUGAUUUGAUGUAUCUUUGCAUACAAGUAUUAAGAUUAAUGUAGUGGAAAUUUUGAUUCAUUAUACAUAUUUGUAUGCACUAAAGAAAUGUUAUAAUGUAAAUUAAGGAAUGUAUAUUAUAUAUGAAUUAUAAGACAUUCUUAAUUUUAAAGUUCUUA